AUGCUGCCAAACCGCCGCCGCUCCACCCUCAGCCAAAAGGAGGAACUCGUCCCGGGCCUAAACGGUAAGAACAAUUCCCUAACCCCCAUUUUCCGGUCGAUUCCUUGAAUUAAGAGCGACUGGACGCGGGAUUGACCCAUGAAAGUUGAUUGGAUUAACUGGAAUGGGUAGUUGACUGGACUAAUAGCUUGGACUGCGCGCUUGCUUUUGCUCUCUCUCUGUUUCUACACUUAUGAUGGCGGGCUUGGUAGAGCAAAUGACUACCAGAUGGCUCAACCAUGUACAUUAUAAAGGUCUACAUUAGAACGCAAAUCAAUCAAUGGACAAGACCAAGUCAAACACUACAAUCAAAAAUGACAUUACUUAAAAUCCAUGUAAUCCUAAUCGACCAAAAAAAUCUACCGUACACAGAGAGAGACAAACAAAAAGCGCUAAUAGGGGCGUCGUAAGUAUUGUUAAGCAACAACUAUAAAAGUACUAAUGUCCUCUUCUCGUUUCAGCUGCUAUUAAACGAAAUUUCAAGAACUAUGCCGAUUGCCUAGAUAUUCAGGAUCAGCGCUAUCUCUGCGAGUUCUUGAGGCUUCGUGGUGACGAUGUCCGUCCAAACGCUGAAGCUUUCGCUGCUGUACUACGAGAUAUUGAACUGAUGGAGACAAUCAAAGAAAUGACUGCUGCUGCACUGUUUGAGUCUGGCGCUGACGACAAGAUGGCUGACUUUUGUUUGGAGGUAAGAGGACAAUGAUUUUUUUUAAAUUUUUUAAAAAUUUAAUUUUUUUUAAUUAAAAAAAACUUUCUAGGCUUAAAUGUGACUUUUUACUUUAAAAGAUUAAAAUUUCCAUUUUCAGUUGAUCGACAUGACUCCUCAGCUUGUUGUCCUCCGUAAGCUCAGGCUAACCGAAGAUAUUGACGAAGAAGUCAUGACCUCGCUACUGGAAGAGUUCAUGGACCUCGGAAUCAAAUACAUGAACUUGAAUGAGAAAGACAAGCAGAGGUUGAAGAUGAUUGGCCCUAAGGUCCGGCCGCUGUUCUUGGACUUUGGCUUUGCUAGUAGCAUCAAAUUCUUGUUGGAGCACUUUGAACGAUAG